AUGUUUAAAUUCUGGUUAGCAGAUGCGCAAUAUGACUCCAAUGCAUUAGAUGCCGCUCUGAAGAAGGCCUUUGGAGGCUCUCGAUAUUUGUUUCAAUCUCCACCAACCAAACAAACAAGCGGCAGUGUGGCAAUAACAGCAAGCCAGGUAGACGAAAACGGCAAGCUUUGUUUGCUGACUAACUAUCGCCACCUGGGUCACGAUAGCUAUCGGAGAUCCUACACAACAAUCAUUCCUACGGAGGAAGAACCGCGACUAUGGCAAGCAUACUUCAAGCCAAUGUUUCUUCCUGGAAUUGGAUUACUUCAGGACGCUGGUGUUCGAGCAAAUUGUCCGCUCCGAGUUGCUAUACGAGAAACUCUAGACAUGUGGCCUACUAAUGUUGAGCCUAGUCUGGUUGUCAGUGUUGGAACGGGGUUUUCUCUUACCCCCAAGCUUUCACCGCGUCGGAAUGGAUUCAUCCAUCGUGCACUUCAUGCUUUUAUCUAUGGUCCUGCUGUUGACGGGAACGAAGGAUUUCAAGACGCGUAUGAUAAUCUUCCUCGCGGGGCCCAAGAAAACGUGUUCAGGCUUAAUCUCCACUUAAAGAACGGGCUACCACAGCUUGAUAGUGUCACGAGCAUCAAGGAUCUCGUAUCUCUGCCAUAUACUAUUCCCAAACGACUCUGUCAAAUGAUAAUUUCACGCCUGUUCUUCUUCGAGCUUGAUACGGAACCAGCCCACAUGGAUCGAGGAAUUCUAUGCACAGGGUCUAUUCUUGUGAAAGGGGACCUUGACAACAUGUUGGAUGCGGUUGAAAGAGAGUAUCAGGAUCCUAUCUUUGCUAUGGUGCCCGGUGCCAAUUUUGGCUCAGUUACUGAACACCAGGGAUGUACUGUAUGCGCUUACUACCGCAAACGUGUUCAGUUCACAGUUUCGAGCCCAGUAGAAGAAUUUUCAUUAUCUAUCAAAAGUAAAACGUUCAGUGAAAGGAUUAACGGAUUUCCGACUACACUCUCCAGGAUUCUCAAAUUCCAGGGUGUCGAGGCUUCAUUCGGUAGAUCGGACCACAGGCAUACCUGGAAGCCGCAACGGGUGUGUUGCUGUCAUGUUCCUCCUAAGCGUGGACGAAUGUCACCUGAGCCAAGGCCAUCGAAAAGGCGUAAAACUACUGAAUGA